ACGGAAGUUGUCACAUUAUCCUGUAACGUUAUUCGUAAGCCUAUCAUAUCCUUUUUCUACAUUUUCUCACCCUCUUCUUCGAAUCUCAGCUGCCAGUACCAGCCAUGGGAGAGGUAGACCCUGCGUUCGUCCAAGCCAUCGAGCACAGGCCCAGGCUCGAACCCAUCGAGGUGGCUGAAGAUAUCCCAGUCAUCGAUCUGUCCACCGUCCUCAACCCUCCUGAUCACAACACCACCCAGCAAAUCAUCACUCGCAUCGGCGCUGCAUGCGAGACAUGGGGAUUCUUUCAAGUCGUAAACCACGGAGUCCCAGCAGAUCUGCGUCGAACAGUUGCGGCCGUGGCUAAGAAGUUCUUCGACGGGUCGUCCGAGGAGAAGAGAAAGGUGAAGCGGGACGAGGUGAAUCCCAUGGGGUACUAUGAAAGUGAGCACACUAAAAACGUGAGAGACUGGAAAGAGGUGUUUGAUUUUUUGGUUCACGAUCCGUCACAGAUUCCGGCCUCCCAUGAACCUGAUGACAAAGAACUGAAGAUUUUGACCAAUCAGUGGCCCCAUUUUCCGGCCGACUUCCGGGAAGCAUGCGAGGAUUAUGCACGUGAAGUGGAGAAACUGGCGUACAAGUUGUUGGAACUUAUUUCCAUGAGUUUAGGCUUAUCUGCUAAUCGCCUGAAUGGUUAUUUCAAAGACCAGACCAGCUUUCUCCGGCUCAAUCACUAUCCUCCGUGCCCUUUCCCCCACCUGGCUCUUGGUGUCGGCCAUCACAAGGAUGCUGGUGGCUUGACUGUCCUUGCCCAAGAUGAUGUUGGAGGAUUGGAAGUGAGGCGAAAAUCAGACAGGGAGUGGAUUCCUGUUAAGCCUACCCCGGAUGCCUAUAUCAUUAAUGUUGGUGAUAUUGUUCAGGUUUGGAGCAAUGAGAAGUAUGAGAGUGUGGAGCACAGGGUGGUGGUGAAUUCUACUAAGGAAAGGUUUUCUAUUCCAUUCUUCUUCAACCCGGCCAACUACACCAUGGUGAAACCUCUGCAGGAGCUGGUAAAUGAGAAGAACCCUGCAAAAUACAGGGAAUACAACUGGGGAAAGUUUCUGGCCACGAGAAGCCGCAGUGAUUUCAAGAAGCGGGAUGUAGAAAACAUCCAAAUUUAUCAUUUUAGAGUAUCGGAUAAUUGAAGUAGUGCGGUAGUUGUGUGGAAUAUUAUAUACAUCUACUAGCCAAGAAGAAACAGCUAAGCUGGCUUUUGGAAAAAUUAAUUGCAGUACUAGAUCCUGAAUUUCGUUCUAAUUCAUACUGUAAUUUCUUCAAGUGCAUGCAUUUGGAUUCCUAGCAUGCAGUAAUAAUAUUGGAACAAGUAGUACUAUUCUUGAAGUA